AUGCAACAACCACAGCCAACAGUAGCCUUCUUCGGAGCAACGGGUGGAUGUGCCAAUGCAUGUCUGGCUCUUGCCCUACAAGCCGGCGUUCAUUGUUCCGCCCUGGCUCGCUCUCCCUCCAAGCUCCACAAUCUGCUCCAGCAGCUCAAUGUCUCCGAGUCCGCCAUUGCAAACUACCUAACGGUCACGGAGGGUGAUAUCUAUGAUCACCAAGCUGUUCAAAAGACCCUCUAUGUCGAUGGCCGCCCCGUUGACCUGAUCGUCUCUGGCCUCGGCGGCAAGCCACGCUUCGAGUAUGGCAUCAAAGCCACCCUAGACAACCCGACCAUCUGCCAAGAUGGCAUCCAGACUAUCAUGUCUGCCGCUCGAUCGUGUCCCCGGAAGCCCCGCAUUGUGAUCAUCAGCACCACCGGCCUCAGCGACACGCGCGACGUACCACUCAUGAUGCUACCCCUGUACCAUUGGUUGCUCAAGGUACCGCACGCGGAUAAGAAGGUGAUGGAGGACCUUGUUGUGGCCGAGAUGCAGAAGCCAGAGGAGGAACGCGCCAUCGACGGGUAUCUCUUCGUACGGCCCUCCUUGUUGCUGAACGGCGAUGGCGAUGGUCUGUCGAAGAUCAGGAUCGGCACAGACGAGAAACCCGCGGUGGGCUAUUGCAUUAGUCGUCGGGACGUGGGUCUCUGGAUAUUCGAGAGAGUAAUUCAUCAGGCAUCGCUUGCGGACUGUCAGUAUUGGGGGCAGAAGGUGUCCCUGACGGCCUAAGCAGCUGCGUGGAAUAUUUCGAUAUAGGUUGAUCACUUGGAGCUACUGGGUAAUAUACUGGGUUCUACGGAG